UUAUUUCUUUCGCCUGUAUAAAUAUGUGAAACUCGUUAGAAUGUGGGCUCAGUCGUCAGUACGAUUCCGCGAAGUGUGCCAAUUUCCGAAAAGUUGAAAAACGAUUGCAACAGUGGCUAAACAGAGAAUAUGAAGUGUUAGUGAAGUUAGAAAAAUGUUGAAACUAUUAUGGUUGGCGCUAUUUGUGACGGGUGUGGUUCGUGCAACGAGUAAACUCGGACCUGAUGGAUAUCAAGAUUCAAAGCCUAGUACUCCUUCAAAUAUUGGAGAGCACAUCUGCAUAGCUGGAGGAGUGUGGCCUAAUUGCGCAUCACCUACCACACCGAUACCAGUAACUCCGAAACCCACGACUCCAGCGCCAAUCGCUACAUCACCUAAGCCUAGUUGUUCAAAUGGAGGAUUUGGACCUAACUGCGUGCUACCCACAAGACCACCUCCACCGCAGAUAAGUUGCGCAAAUGGAGCAAUACCACCAUUCUGUUGUAAUAAUGGAGGAGUUGGACCGGAAUGCGAGAUUCCUGGCCCAUUGGGACCACCAUCGAUAAGCUGUGCUAAUGGAGGAGUUCCACCGUUCUGUUGUGAGAAUGGUAGGGUAGGUCCAGACUGUGAAAUCGCGUUCCCAAUUGCGUGUGACAAUGGAGGUGUUCCACCAUACUGUUGUACAAAUGGUGGAUUUGGACCCAACUGUAACAUUAAGCAACCAACAUCACCUUCUCCAGUGUCCAUUCCAGAACCUUUGCAAACCUGUUCUAACGGUGGAAUCCCACCUAAUUGUGAGAUUCCAAGGCCCCCGUCCUGUUCUAAUGGAGGAAUUCUUCCAUAUUGCUGUACCAAUGGAGGUAGUGGACCAGGCUGUGAAAUACCAACACCUCCAGCUUGCCCUUACGGUGGAGUACCUCCGUUUUGCUGUACUAAUGGUGGACAAGGUCCUUUCUGCUUAAUCGUACAACCAGCCAUCGAAUAUGGUCCAGCAGUUGAAGUGAUUUAUCACCCUCCUAGCCAUGGAACUUCAUCUGUAGAUAGCUCUUACUUCUAUCCAGCGCCUUGUCCUUACGGAGGCAUUCCACCUUAUUGUUGCGCAAAUGGCGGAAUUGGUCCGUACUGCGAAGUUCCAGUUCAACAGAUAGGCUGUUCUAAUGGAGGCCAACCUCCAUAUUGCUGCACCAAUGGUGGAGUUGGUCCUGAUUGUUUUAUUCCACAACCUCAACCACCAGUUCAACAAAUAGGAUGCUCCAAUGGAGGACAGCUUCCUUAUUGUUGCACCAAUGGGGGUGAUGGUCCAGACUGUUCCAUUUCUCAAAAUCCAAUUCAACCAAUCGGAUGUUCUAACGGUGGACAGCUUCCGUACUGUUGCACCAACGGAGGUGACGGUCCAACCUGCACUAUUGCUCAGCCAUCCUGUUCUAAUGGAGGACAACUGCCGUAUUGCUGCACGAAUGGAGGUGUAGGACAAAACUGUAAUCUUCCAACUACUCCUAAACCAACUACAACAACCCGUAGAACAACGACCACAACCAGGCGUACGACAACGCGCCCGCAAACCACCACCACUCGCCGAACAACGUCAACUACUCGGACUACAACUAGGGCACCGACAACCACUACGCGGAGAACAACGACUACUACUCGCCGGCCAACAACCACCACCCGUAGAAUAACUACAACGACCCGUCGACCAACGACUACAACUCGUCGUCCAACAACCACAACCCGGAGAUCUACGACUACCCGUUCUCCCUCGGUUUGUCCUUUCGGUGGCAGCCCUCCAUUCUGCUGCACCAACGGAGGUCUAGGUCCAACAUGUUACGUACCAACCGAUCGACCAAACACUAGUCCUCGCCCAACGAUCAUAACCACACGCCGAACCACUCCUACAACUCGUCGGACGCCACCAACUACUCGCAGAACUACGCCAACUACUCGGCGAACCACAACGACUACUCGACGGCCAACGCCCACGAAACCAGUUUGUCCAUUCGGUGGAAUCCCUCCGUAUUGUUGUACCAAUGGUGGACAAGGACCUAACUGUGCCGUCCCAACUAGACCUCCAACUAGACCGCCAACUCGGCCACCAACAUGUCCAGCCGGAGGAAUACCUCCAUACUGUUGCACUAAUGGGGGACAAGGACCUAACUGUGCCGUCCCAACUAGACCUCCAACUCGACCACCAACUUGCCCAGGAGGAGGAGUUCCUCCGUACUGUUGCACCAAUGGCGGACAAGGACCUAGUUGUGUUGUACCAACCAGACCGCCAACUAGACCGCCAACUAGACCGCCAACUAGACCACCAACGCGACCUCCAACUAGGCCCCCUACCUGUCCAGCUGGAGGAAUCCCUCCUUACUGCUGCACCAACGGUGGACAAGGUCCGAAUUGUGUAGUCCCUACUAAACCUCCAACCUGCCCUGCCGGAGGAGUUCCUCCAUAUUGCUGUACGAAUGGAGGACAGGGUCCGAACUGUGCCAUCUCCAAACCCUCACCUCCUACGGUGCCAGGAUAUCUCCCACCAGACAGCAGCAAUCCUGUCCCAAGUGGUUACAAGUACGACGUCGGUGAUCCACCGUUUGCAACCUAAUCUAAGUCAUUCUCCCUCUACAGCGAAACCCUCUUUAGUUAUUUGAAUAAAUUAAUUUUUCGUUAAAGAA